AUGGUUUUAGCUCUCACUGCCAAGAAAAAUAUCAGAUUUGUGAAUGACAAAAUUUCAAUGCCAAAACUUGAUUCACCUCUGUAUGAGGAUUGGCAAAACUGCAACACCAUGGUUCUAUCUUGGUUGAUCAACUCAAUGCACAUAGAUGUCUCCAGCAGCAUUAUGUAUAGCAAAACAGCGAGAGAGAUGUUGAUUGAAUUGAAGAACCUUUUUCUCUCAAGGUUCAAGAGGCUUUGGGAUCAAUUGCUCAAUUAUGAGCCUCUUCCAGAGUGUUCUUGUGGAGCUAUGAAGACUCUUAGUGCUUCACAUGACAAAGCUUAUGUCAUGAGGUUCCUAAUGGGGCUUAAUGAGAACUUUGAGACUUUUGAAAUCAGAUUCUCAUUUGCCAUGUAUGCUAAUUCUAAAGGCAAUUCUGGGAACAAAGGAAGCAACAAGAAGGAGAGACCUUUGUGCACUCACUGCAACAUGCUUGGGCACACCAUAGAUAAGUGCAAUAAAUUGCAUGGGUAUCCACCUAGAUACAAGCCCAAAGGAAGCACUGGCACAAGUCUUGGUGAUGGUCAUCAUGUUGCCAAUGUAAGCUCAAGUGAUGGAGUUUCUGGUAUGGUUUAUGGGGGAUCUGGUGUCACUACUGCUGCUGGUAUGGGCACAUCUUGGGCACACCAUAGAUAA